AUGAGAAUCAGAAUUCAAGCUGUCAACUAUGAUCUAUGGCAAAUUGUGGAAGAAGGAUACACCAUUCAGCAACAGGACAAAUUGUCCUCUGAUGACAAGGAAAAUCUGCAGUUGGAUGCUCAAGCAAAAGAUAUCAUAUGUGGCAGUCUAUCAAAAGACAUUUUCCUUUGGUUUCACAGGCUCAACACCGCGAAGCAAAUAUGGGAUGCUCUUAACAGUGCUUAUGUAGAUCUGGUUGCCCGAUCUGGUCCUCACAUCAAAGUGCUUCGAACCAUGUUCAUUGGAUUCAGCCUGCGCAAGGAAAGUGUUAUGGAACUCACUGAUCGAUUGACAAACAUUGUUGAAAGACUACAUCAGUUAGGGGUAACGGAUAUCACAAAUAGAGAUGUUAUCAACAAGCUUUUGUGUGCUCUCGACAAAUCCUUUGAUCUCAUUGUGUCUGAAAUCAAACAAAGACCUGACUAUGAAGAGCUUCACUAUGUUGAGGUCAUGACUUUGCUGUCAAUCCACGAAGAAAAGAUGGAGUUGGAAAUGGCAAAUCAAGAAUCCUCUUCGGAAGGUGAAGGAGAAAUUUUCUCACAUUAUGGCAGUUCUGAAGAAGAAGAAGAUGUCGAAAAUCAACACUCCAUCACUCGAGAACUUGAAAUUCUUACACAACGACUGAGUGAUCUUAAAAGACACAAUCUUUAUCUCGUCAAUGAUGAAGAAUUCCAUGCACCAGAAUCAUCAAGAAGACGUCUGCCUCCAAAAGAUAUGAAGUGCUUCAAAUGCAAACUAUACGGCCAUGUCAUUGCUGAUUGCCCUGCCGCCAAGAGGAAGUUGGUCACUGAUGAAAAAGCAGCUGUUUCCGUCAAGAAGGCGAAGAAAAUUAUUCCUGCUUCUAUAGAGGAAUAUGAUUUUGAUAUGAUAUUCGACAUCAUUGAAGAAGAUGUUACCAAGAUGGUAGCAAAGCACUUCAUUGAUAUGAAGGAAAUCACCAAAGAACUCAAUCAGGUUGUCGAAUAUAAGAAGCUUCUGGAGAAAAUGGGAAGGGAAGCCAAAUCUGAAGCUGAAAGAAAGGAUGUGAACAAGGCCAUUCUUGAAACCACCAAAGCCCUCACUACCAUGAGGAACAACAAAAUAGAGUGGCACUCUAGAAUGAAAAUGGAUGUCUCCCAGCUGUGUGAUCGAAGAAUUGAAGAGAUUCAGCGUCAGGAAAAUCUUGCUUGA